AUGCGCUUCUCCUCCCUCCUCUCUCCCCCACCCCAUGUCGUCGUCUUCCUCUGCCCCUGUUGCGCUAGGGUUCCGCACGUCGUUGCACUAUCCCCGGGACUUCGAACACCUCCCCAUCCGACUCCAAGCUGGCCAAACCGCCUGGGGACUCUACAGAGCGCACCGAGACGUCCGCUCGGCUCUACCUCUGGGCGAUGGGUCAUUCGCCGUCUCGUCCAAUGCCCCGUACAUUCCUUCACCCCCCCUGGUACGAACGACAAGGAGGAGGUCUAUGCAGACGGUCGUGUAGGGUGGUUCAAACCCGGAUACCAUGCCCAAUACUGGAGCAGCGCGUUCGAACACCGCGCUUUCAUCUACGAAGCUCCGGAGAACAAAGAAGGCGUUGAUGCAGCCUUCGUCCUGCUCGACUUCAAACGCGGACGAUGCCCAGCUUCUUUCUACGUCUCCUGCGUCCAGAAUGGGACUGGUAUCCCAACCCGCAACUUCUCGCUCGCGUUACGGACCCUCUACGAUGCAGAACUUCGUCGUGCAGAGGAGCUCUACAAUCUCGACCGCUGCCCUCCCUCUGGUUUCCUUCAAGCUGACCUCGAGAGCGCCGAGGAAGACUCGGACCUCGACAUGGGUGACUCCCGGCGACGAGAUCGAGGACCUCCCCGGCUACCUUCGCUGGUGCCCUCCGCUCCUGCCCUUCCGGUACGACGAGAAGAUACCCCGGCUGCGCCCUCUCUCGUCAACAUGGAGGAAGGAUGGGUGAAUCAUCCCGCUCAUGAGUCGCUCGCGAAUUCGACACCUCAGGCCCGGACCCCGCACAGAGAGUCGGAACCGCCGCUCCUGCACGAGGAUUCAAUCAAGGCCGUGGUCUCCCCAAAUCCGCGCAGAGAGUCGGAACUGCCGCUCCUGUGCGAGGAUUCGCCCAUGGCCGUGUCGCUCCCGCCAAGCCCGGUCGAGUCGCUCGCUCCUCUCCCGAUGGCCCCUUCUCCCAGGUCGCCUUCUCCGCGCCCCCCCAUCAACAAAGGGAAACAGAGGGCAAGAUCUCCGUCGCCUCUACCUUACAGGAGACACGCUCCAGGCCGACCCUUAGCGGAAAGGAUACAACCGGGCCCCUCGCCCAUUCCGACUCGUUCAUUGGAGGAGCGUCUGAGAGUCGAAAAGAAGGACGGUCCCGACCCCGGCUUCGUCGAGGACAUAGGCGAACCUGGGCCAUCUCUCCUCUCGCACCUAAGCGACUCCCACUCCCUUUUCACCCGCUUGGGAACAACGCUCGAGGAGCGGAUCUCUGACGCCCCGUCCCCGGAAGCGACAACCGCUCCCCCGAUGUCGAGAACGAGAUCGAGGACGAGGAGGUACGGGGCCCUUCUAAUGUGGCUUAAGUCGAGGGACACCCAAGUGGAGGCGUUAAACCGCCCGCCCGGAGAAUGGGAGCCGCUCAAGUUCAAGGUCUGGAAGGGUCGUCUUCGCCCGGAUGCCGCAUUGAGCCGUACACUCAAGACCUGCCCCUUGCGUCCGCUCCCCGACUCCAAGCUCCCGUACCACCGCAACCCUCAACCGGACGAGGAGGACAAGGAGGUAUGGGAGCUCCGCACCUUCCACUUCCGGUCGAACGUCGAGCGCGUUGUAGCGGCCAAGCACCCUGCCAUGAAAGCAACGAUGUCGGCGACCGCUCGUGGCGCGUUGUGGGCCGGGAUCCGCGACCGAAUUCGUCGAGUCUGGGGGGCGGGACUGUCCGUCUACCCCUCCUACUACGAACCUCGUUACCUCGACAGCGAAGACGACGUAGUACGACUUGCGCAUUGGUGCGCUCUGGGACGGAUUCUCUUGGAGCUGGACGUACGGGACAACAUCGCUAAGGAUCUGAGGCUCGUGGUGGGGGCCCUGUUACGGACGCGGUGGACAGAGUGA